AUGGAUCCAACAGCAUCAAGAACUGCUACCAUGGCCUAUUCAACUGGUCUCCCUGUUUUACUUCCCGCGCUACCUGCUGCGAUUAGAAGGCGGAUUCCCCGCCUCUAUUCCUCUCUUCACCGGGCCAUGGGAUCGACCGAUCGCGAUCGUUCUGACACAGCGACCGAUGGGCUGGUAGGGCCGAUGCGUCAAGCUGAUGCUCUUCGCACAUUGGCACCAUUCUCAACACCGGACUUGGGUUAUUGUAGGCCGCCCUCCUCGGCGGCGAGCGAGUUGGGGGCCGACGAGCCUCCGCGCCCUGCGACUGCGGGGAGUAGUGUUUAUCCGGAGCCGUACGAUUCCAGGUCCUCGGCUUCGUCCUCGUCGGGGAAGACAUUGGAGGCCUUGGAUCUCGAUGAGGGAAGGGAGGGCGAUGCGACGGAUCGGGGUUCGAUGCUAGCGAAGUACGAGGUUGAGUCUGGGUUGCGGUGGAAUCGGGUGGUUCCUGCGUUGAAUCUUCUCCGUAACGCGGGAUACGAAGCUCAGCAGUCCACCUGCGACGGCCGCUUCGUCCGCUCCCUGUACAUCAAUGCGCUGGGGUACCUGCUUGAUGCUCUGCCGGCAGAUCUGACCGACGAGGAAUCAAUGACGAUUCAACACAAUCUACCCGCCAGGGUCAAGGUUACGCUUGCGGCGUCCGCGGCUGCGCAGCCCGGAGCUGGAGCCGCUGUUACCAUGGUCAAUCAGGGCGCUGGGACGCGGUAUCCGACGGAGCGCUCGUACCUGCACCGUUUACUGGCGUCUAGUAUUGUGCAAUUCUUUCUCAUCGUGCAGUUCUUGCUGCCUUAUGUGAAGAUCUUGCUGCAGCAGGUGUACCGGUAUGAGAGGUCGCACCGGAUCACGGAGCGUCUUGUGACGGCGACAUUGGAUGCUGCUGAUAGUCUGGGGAAGGGGAGUGUCAAUCUGGGGUCAACGGUGCUUCGACUGAACGAGGGGAAGGUCGGGACAGCGUUUACGAAUCUAGCAGCCUGGUGGGUGGAAGGAGUUGCUGGUGGCAUCUAUGAGGGAGUUGGAGAAGGAAUGACGAUUUUGGGGCUGCUCCGGCCCAAUUCUGAGUGGGAGAAGAUGCCUAUUCAGAUGCAGGGGCAAUGA